UUAGAACAGAGUUGUUCAACCACAUUCUUACAGGUAGUCUUCAAGGUAGCUGACACGGCUUUUUUGUGUUCCCGAGAAGUCUACGUGGCAACUUAACGAGCCAUGGCUCUUAUGGUGGUGUUUGGAGUCGUUCUUUUGUUGGGGGCCACGAUGGGGGUAGAUGGCGCCAGGCUGGCCUCCAAACAGGACCCGAAAACCAUCGAAGAACUCUGGGAAGCCGAAAAUUCUAUGGAUCUCGCGGUGAAUGAACAGUCUCGCAGAGAGGAAUUCGGCCGUCUCUCCGCUGAGUCCUGUGAGGACGACUCCAAAGGCAUCCCGCUGUGCCGGGAGUGUUCGUUCUUACGUGAGCUGCCGGCAGACUACUCUCCUCGAUACCUAGUGGAGCGGAAAUGCCAGGGCCAGGACUGUUUAAUGCAUGAAGGGAAGUGUCUGCAGCAGUAUAUGUCUGUCGAGGUCCGCAACAUUGCCCCGGACAGGGAGGGUGAGACCAUCUUAGUGCGGAUCGCUGCAGGCUGCAGGUGCCUUCUCAACGAAAACUCAAUCUUGAAAGACUAUUUCAUUCGCUAGGCGCAGUACCCUCGUCAUAGUGUCAGGGCAGCAAAUCGGAAUCAAAGCUAGCAACGUAACCGAUAGCACAGGUUAAAGAUCUACAUAUUGUCCAUAUCUAAAGUAAAGUACUUUUUUAAUCAGUAUAAUUAGAAUAAACAGUAAUUGUUUGUAUGACAAUGUUCUUUAUUCGCAAGCAAAAGAGUUUUACAAGUCGACAUUUUGUCGACCUCCUGUCAACUACCUAGGGGUAACUACCGAUCUGUUAUACUACGCACUUCAGCUAGGUGUCGCUUACGCACUGUAUACGGUCCCAUGUGUAUUGCCACAUUCAUCUUGCAGACAUGUAAAGAUAUUGUGAAACAAACAGCUGUUUAUGGUGUUUUCGCCUGUCUCUUUACAGUCAGGGGUGGUGAUUAGAUAUAAGUUUUCUGACCUAUAUCAUGGUGAAUAUAUGGAAGUAUUUCUUUGAUUGUUUAGGUUUACUGUGGAAUUCGUAUCAUGAUAUCCUUAAAAUUACCUUAGGUGAAAAUAAACUGACGUUUGCUGCCCUU